AUGUUGAGCUACAGGGUUGCGCUCAUGAUCAUGAUCAAUCUGUAUGACAAUGACUACACCGCAGGGAUCCCCACAGUCAAGAGGCGUACAAUGGAGAAACCUGAAACACCAACACUUUGCUUACCCACUUUCAAAUCUUCACCAAAUCUUUUGGUAACUUGGUGGAGGUGGUGGUUACAACUGAUUUCCCCUGCAAAGAGCCGCAAGGGAAUGAAACUUGUCAAUGGUCAUACUAUCAACAGCGCAGUGCUCGCUCGCUAUCUCUCAUGGCUACCCAAUCAAGAUGAGGCUUCCAUCCUCAAGCUUCUGAAUCCAGAUGACCCCCAAGAUGUCCCUCGUGCAAUUGAAUUUGGUAUCACACGGAUGAGAGGCCAGCAUAAUUCUGACAUGAACUAUUCACAGGCACUUGAUCGCAUCGGCGCCGCCAAGGAUAUUGAUACUGUUUUCAAGAAACACCCAGACCUUGAGACUCAAUCAUAUUCGUGGGUUGGAGAUGUGGUUGUGUCACAUUGCGACCUUCCCUCAGCAUGGAAGGAUGGUUGUGAUAAGGCAUUGACCGUGCUCACAGAUGCCCAUAUGUCUGCGGUCUGCUGCGCAUUCAACGAGUUUUUUUCCCAGGAUGGCUGUGACCUUAUGCGGCCCUGGGGGGCAAACAAGUACUUAGGGAUAUCGGAUGUUGAAGGUGUUGAGUUGAGCACGAAUUCUACUUCCUUUCCCAAUACUGCGGUUUCAAGCGAGUCACUACUACUGGUGGCAGGUCCUACCAGUGUUGAAGAGGAGCCUGAGCUAGACAAGGAUGUUCUUACCCUGGAGGAAGCUCUUACUCACGAUGUUGCAUUCGGAAGCCCGAACAUUGACCAUGACCCUACCAUUCCAUCAACAUCACAUCCUGAUACUCCAGCUCUCGUUAGUGGCCCUGGGAUUAAUCCUGAUGAUUACCUUCUUGUCUAUGGGAAGUACAUCUACAAGGAGACAAUCUGUCGAUGGUUGCUCAACAAGCAUUUCAUUGCGAAGUCUCUCAAUAGACAGGAGCGAGUUUAUAGCAUCAGGAGGUCGAUCACUGGUGGCAAUACAUUCAUCAUUGGCGAUAUUUUCCUCACAAUCAUCCGCAUUAACCUCACACUUACUAUUGCACUUGUCUGUUCUACGUCAAUUGAACAUCACAGCAUUACCUGUCAUCAUAUUCUUGCCUCAAAUGUUUGCACUCCCGACGUCAAACUCACUGGCCAAAUCUUAACGUUGAUCCCCACACACCAACCUGUUGAACAGUGCUCCUGGCUCUGGAUGGGAGAUUAUGUCAAAACGCGCUCAGAGAUCCAAGGCAUCAAGCAAACAACAGAAAAGGUUGUCGAAAUCACUGCACCAGGGCUUCUGGUAGAGCUUGUUAACCCCGAGACGACGUGUGUCCGCAUGCGCAAUGACAUCAAUUCCGACAAGUUUUUCGCAUUGAAUAAUCUCGGGAACACGUGGAUAAUUGAAGAGUUGGCUCUCUCUCUCGCAUGCGACACUCUUUGGCGCAAUGCCUGCGGGCAUUCAAUUAGCAUCAAGAAUAUCCUCCACAUCCCUACCCCUUCUGAUCCUUCCAUGUUUCCUUACACUCUUCCCGAUGGUUCGGCAGGUAUCAUUUGUAUCGAGGCGAGCAAACGACUUGCUGCCAGUGAAUCUGGCCCAUCAUCAGAAUGUCCGCUAUGUGGGAACAAGACAGAUUCGAUGCGUGCACAUGUCGGCAUCCACAUAUUGAGAGCGUCUCGUGGUGUAACGAGCAUCAACAAUAAUCUGAAGCAACAGGUCGGUCUUCAUCAGCCAUGUGGAUUCUGCGGACGAUCAGGCCACCAGGAAUGCAAGAUUCGAAUCAAAAUCACAAACAGUGGUGCCGUUUCGAAGGUCGAAUCAUCCUGCCCUUAUGCCCACACAUUCCAGUACCCAAAUGCCGACAUUGGCUCGAACAACAGGCCCUGUGGCAAUGUCUCUCUCAAAUGCGAGUUAUGUCACCCGUUUUUGGCGCCCGUCACCGGCAAGAAAAGUCGCACUGUUGCUCCCUUCAUUGACGCUGUUUGGCAUUACAACAUGAUCCAGCAUCUUGAAGAAGUCCAUCCUCAGUAUGCGCACCCAGAGAAGCUCAUUGGACAUCCUCUCCCUGCGCAGAUCCUCACCUCCUUCACGCUGACUGCUCUCGAACAGGAAGAUGCAAAUAUUCCGAUGGCGCAAUGGCUUAUGCCUCUUUUUGAGGGUGAGAAGGAAAAUGUUCAAGUUGGGUCCAGUUCUCGCAAGCGGAAGACUAAUAAUGCUGGUGUUGUAAAUGCGAAGAAAGCUUGUACUUCUGUCUAG